CCUUGGGGCCGUCCCUGGCCGCGGCCUGGUGGCGCCGGGCGAAGAUGGGCGGCGGCGGGAGCAGCACCCGGCGCGUCACCUUCGAGGCGGAUGAGAACGAGAACAUCACGGUGGUGAAGGGCGUGCGGCUAUCUGACAGUCUCAUUGAUCGUAUGAAGGAACCUUCUUCACCCAGUGGAAGACCGCAGUCUCAGCACCGAUCAGCAUCUGGUGCAGUUAAUGAUGAAGAACUAAAGAAAAGAAUAGCUGAAGAACUGGCAUUAGAACGAGCCAGGAGAGACUCUGAAGCUCAAAAGAGAAGAUUGAAACAAGAACAAAUGUAUGUACGUGAUGAGUUCGGCAAACUUCUGGAACGAGAAAGGAUUUCUUCAAACGAACAUUUGACUCGAGCCAUUCUUCGAGAGCGAGCUGCCACAGAAGAGGAGCGUCAGAAGGCACAGCGUUUUGCCAGGCAGCUGGAAGAGAAAGACAGAGAACUGAAGAAGCAUGAUGCCUACUACAAAGAGCAGCUGGCUCGACUGGAAGAAAGGAGUGCCCAGUUCUACAAAGUUACCACGGAGCAAUACCAAAAAGCUGCUGAUGAAGUGUCAGCUCGGUUCAAGCGAUAUGAGUCUCAUCCAAUCUGCGCUGAUCUGCAGGAUAAAAUUCUGCAAUGUUACCGGCAACAUGCUCAGGAGACCCUCAGCUGCUCUGCCCUGGCUAGCCAGUACCUGCGUUGUGUCAAUCACGCCAAACAGAGCAUGCUUGGGAGAGGAGGAUAAAGGCAUUGUCCAAAUCAAGCACAAGACCAUCAACUCUAAUUUCAGCAGAAGAGCAUUUUUUUCCCCAAGAAUGAUAUGACAGCCCAUUUACAGGGCAGACCAAUAAAGAGAAGAACUGGAAGAGCCAUUUCAAGAGUAGCAGCCAUCACAGCUCAAUCAGUGUGACCAUUUGAAAAGCCAAGACCUGUAUCUUAUUACAUCAGAAAUCAUACAUCCGAAGAUACUGUUCAGUCUUAGUAAAAUCCACUUAUUGGUGAUUGAAGGAAGGAAAAGAAAAGAACCUUUCACUGACCUCAGAAAGGGGAAAUAUCCUUCAAAUGCUGCUAUUUCAUUGUAGAAUCUCCUGAAAAACUUCUCACUGGCAAAGGCACGGGUAUGUAACACUUGGUGUGCCGGGACGUGGCGGUACUUUGUGAGCCAGUCAGCCGCUGCUCCUCACUGUACAGCCUGUAUUCGUUGCUCGUAUUAAGUUUUCCUUACAAUGUAUAAUGACGUAA